AGGGCAAAUUGGGGGAGAGAGAGUGUAACAGAAACACAGAGAUCGACUGGGACUGAAACAGAAAAAGUGAUCGACUGGGACUGAAACAGAGAGAUCGAAACACAGGAGAAAGAUGGGAAGAGAGAGAGAGAGACAUUAGAAUUCCAGACAGAUGAGGAAGAAGAUGAGGAAACCCAGAAGCAUAAAGAACGGCCAAAAAGAAGAAAGUAGUGGCAGCAAACGCACAUGCAUGGAGCAUCUAUGUACAUUGCCAAUCAUACAACGUCUUCUCUCCAAGAAGAAAGCGCGAGGAGAGAGAGACUUGAAAGAAAAAGUAGAUCCAGAGACUAAGACUGAAACAAGGACUGUGAGACAUCAGAAUUGCAGAGAGAGGAAGAAGAUGAGGGAACGCACAAGUAUAAUGAACGGCCAAAAAGAAGAAAGUAGAGGCAGCAAACGGACAUGGAGGGAGCACAUAGAACAGUGUUUUAAUUGUGUGUGUAAAUGGCCAAUCGUACAGCAUCUUCACACCAGGGCAACAAAUGGUGAAGAAGAAGAACAAGAAAAAGAAGGAAGCGACAACGAUCAAAAGAUGCUAAUUGCAGAAGAUGAUGACAUAAACAUCGAAGAAGCAGCUAGCAGCAACAGUGAAAAAAAGGAACAUAUGACUGAUGAUGAGAGAAGAGCAACAAACAUUAAAGAAGAAGGAAUAUGUUACAGUAAGUGGUCACAAGUGGGAGAUGAUAUCUUGGGCUUGAUUCUCGAACGCUUGUGCCUUAGUGAUUACCUUCGAAGCCGAGCUGUAUGCUCAGGUUGGCAGUCCAUUGUCACUAAAUACAUUGCCAAGAAGCAGUGCCUUCCACAGCCUGAACUGCCACUUCUUUAUCUUCAAACAAUGGCCAGCCAAAACUUUCCGUUCUUUGUCUUGCCCACAGCAAGUGUCUUCCAGUUCAACUAUACAGUGCCACCACUCGAAUUCAUCCAUUAUUGCUACGGCACAGUACAAGGUUGGAUGAUCAUGAUUGAAGCUUCCCACGAUUAUUUUAAUGUUCCUGAAACUGAUGUUCGGAUCUUCUUCUUUAACCCGGUAACAAAGGCCAAGGUUUACUUGUCAUCAAGGUUGAAAGUGAAAAGUAAAGUUAAAAGAAUUGUGGCAUCCACAAAUCCCAAUGACCCAAACUGUGUUGUGGUAUGUAUCUUUUACCUCGAGAAUAUUUUGCCUUCAAAUGGACUUCUGAUGAGUCAUGGACUAUAG